UACUAUUUCCUGAUUUAUGCUGCUUUGUUUUUACGGUUGUAGAUUCGUCGAGGAUACUAUUGGAGAUGCAAGAAGACCGUGUUGAGCUUGAGAAAAGUGAUUUUCUGCAGCCAUUAGAUAGUGAGAUACAAACAUGGAUGUCAAAGGCGUUUGACAUGGCACUUGAGGCUCUUGAGAAUGGAGAGGUUCCAGUCGGCUGUCUGAUGGUUUACAACAAUGAGAUUAUUGGAAAAGGAAGAAAUGAGGUGAAUGAAACAAAAAAUGCUACUCGGCAUGCAGAAAUGGUGGCACUGGAUCAAGUGCUUGAUUGGUGCCGUUUCAGAGAGAAGGACCCAAAGGAGGUGUGUGAACAGACUGUACUUUAUGUGACAGUGGAGCCAUGUAUCAUGUGUGCCGCUGCUCUGCGUCUGCUUCACAUACCUCUUGUUGUAUAUGGGUGCAAAAAUGAGCGGUUUGGAGGCUGUGGAUCAGUCCUGGACAUCUCAUCAGAUCAUUUACCACACACUGGAACUUCAUUUAAGUGCAUCGCCGGCUAUAGAGCAGAAGAGGCUGUUGAAAUGCUCAAGACAUUUUAUAAACAGGAAAACCCAAAUGCUCCCAAGCCUAAAGUGAGGAAAGAUUUGAUCAGUCCUCCAGAUGGCGCUGUAGUCAUUCAGGUAAAACAAGGACCGCAAGAUGACGAGAGCGAAACAAUUGCUCCUUUGAGCUGAAAUGGAAAAUAUUUAGACAUUGAGACUUUUACAAGACCUUGUCAGUGCCUGGAUCUUAGUGACUUUUGAUUUUGCCAUCUUUAUGAGGUCAUUGAUAUGAUCUAGUAUUUGAGGAAGCACGUUGGCUCAUUAUCUGGACCACAUAGCUCGUAAACCUCCAGGCUUCCUCUUCUCUGUGGCUGGACGCUGAGAGUUGUCUGUUAACAGUGUGUAGAAGCAAUAGACUGGGCCUGUUCUGCAUUAAAGUGCAGGUUCUUCUCCAGCUCUUGAUCUCUCUGUGUCCUUAUACAACCCAGAGAACUGGUUCUGAACUCUCAAUGAUCUCAGUCUUGGGCUCACUAGCAGAUGCAGGACAGGUCCAGGUGGAGUUUCCACUUACUUCAUAGCCAGAAAAUUUAAAGGGAUAGUUGAAAUUAAAUUUCUGUCAGUACUUUCUCAGACUACUUUUUUUUUUUUCUUCAGGGGAGCACAAAAAGGGAAUUUUAUGAAGAAGUCUUUAAAGAAUAUAUAUACCCAUUUUUAAUAGAUUUAAAGUAAUUGAAGAUGGAGGCUGUCAAGCUUUAUAAUAGCAAAAAAUAAAAGGAUCACAAACAAGUAUAAAA